AUGUACUGGACGGACUGGGGAGAAGUGCCAAAGAUAGAACGUGCUGGAAUGGAUGGUUCAAGUCGUUUUGUUAUAAUAAAUACUGAAAUUUACUGGCCAAAUGGACUGACUUUGGAUUAUGAGGAACAAAAGCUUUAUUGGGCAGAUGCCAAACUUAAUUUCAUCCACAAAUCAAACCUGGAUGGAACAAAUCGGCAGGCAGUGGUUAAAGGUUCCCUUCCACAUCCUUUUGCCUUGACUUUAUUUGAGGACACACUGUACUGGACUGACUGGAAUACACACUCCAUUUUGGCUUGCAACAAGUACACUGGCGAGGGUCUGCGUGAAAUUCAUUCGAACAUCUUCUCUCCCAUGGAUAUACAUGCCUUCAGCCAGCUGAGGCAACCAAAUGCUACAAAUCCAUGUGGAAUUGAUAAUGGUGGUUGUUCUCAUUUGUGUUUGAUGUCUCCAGUCAAGCCAUUUUAUCAGUGUGCCUGCCCAACGGGGGUCAAACUUCUGGAGAAUGGAAAAACCUGCAAAAAUGGUGCCACUGAAUUACUGCUUUUAGCCCGAAGAACAGAUUUGAGACGCAUUUCUUUGGAUACACCAGAUUUUACAGACAUCGUUCUACAGUUAGAAGACAUUCGUCAUGCCAUUGCCAUAGAUUAUGAUCCUGUGGAAGGCUAUAUCUACUGGACUGAUGAUGAAGUGAGGGCCAUACGCCGCUCCUUCAUAGAUGGAUCUGGCAGUCAGUUUGUGGUCACUGCUCAGAUUGCCCAUCCUGAUGGUAUUGCUGUUGACUGGGUUGCACGAAAUCUUUACUGGACAGACACUGGCACUGAUCGGAUAGAAGUGACAAGGCUCAAUGGGACCAUGAGAAAGAUCUUGAUUUCAGAAGACUUAGAGGAACCCCGGGCUAUUGUGUUAGAUCCCAUGGUUGGGUACAUGUAUUGGACUGACUGGGGAGAGAUCCCGAAAAUUGAGCGAGCAGCUCUAGAUGGCUCUGACAGAGUAGUAUUGGUUAAUACUUCUCUUGGUUGGCCAAAUGGUUUGGCUUUGGAUUAUGAUGAAGGCAAAAUAUACUGGGGGGAUGCCAAAACAGACAAAAUUGAGGUUAUGAAUACUGAUGGCACUGGAAGACGAGUACUAGUGGAAGACAAAAUCCCUCACAUAUUUGGGUUUACUUUGUUGGGUGACUAUGUUUACUGGACUGACUGGCAGAGGCGCAGCAUCGAAAGAGUGCAUAAGCGAAGUGCAGAGAGGGAAAUCAUCAUAGAUCAGCUGCCUGACCUCAUGGGGCUAAAGGCCACAAAUGUCCAUCGAAUCAUUGGUUCGAACCCUUGUGCUGAGGAAAAUGGGGGAUGUAGUCAUCUUUGCCUGUAUAGACCUCAGGGCCUUCGUUGUGCCUGCCCCAUUGGCUUUGAACUCAUUAGUGACAUGAAGACCUGCAUUGUCCCAGAGGCUUUCCUUUUGUUUUCACGGAGAGCAGAUAUUAGACGAAUUUCUUUGGAAACAAACAAUAAUAAUGUGGCCAUUCCACUGACUGGUGUCAAAGAAGCUUCUGCUUUGGAUUUUGAUGUGACAGACAAUCGAAUUUAUUGGACUGAUAUAUCACUCAAGACCAUCAGCAGAGCCUUCAUGAAUGGCAGUGCACUGGAACAUGUGGUAGAAUUUGGCUUAGAUUACCCAGAAGGCAUGGCAGUGGACUGGCUGGGGAAGAACUUAUACUGGGCUGACACAGGAACAAAUCGAAUUGAAGUGUCAAAGUUGGAUGGACAGCACCGACAAGUUUUGGUUUGGAAAGAUCUAGACAGCCCCAGAGCUCUAGCUCUGGAUCCUGCUGAAGGAUUUAUGUAUUGGACUGAAUGGGGUGGAAAACCCAAGAUAGACAGAGCAGCUAUGGAUGGAAGUGAACGUACUACACUGGUUCCAAAUGUAGGACGGGCCAAUGGGCUGACUAUUGAUUAUGCUAAAAGGAGGCUUUAUUGGACAGACUUGGACACCAACUUAAUAGAAUCCUCAAAUAUGCUUGGACUCAAUCGUGAAGUGAUAGCAGAUGACCUCCCUCAUCCUUUUGGCUUAACGCAAUACCAAGAUUACAUCUACUGGACUGAUUGGAGCCGACGCAGCAUUGAGCGAGCCAACAAAACCAGCGGCCAGAACCGCACCGUUAUCCAGGGCCAUCUGGACUACGUGAUGGACAUCCUCGUCUUCCACUCCUCACGGCAGGCAGGCUGGAACGAGUGUGCUUCCAGCAGCGGGCACUGCUCACAUCUCUGCCUGGCAGUGCCGGUCGGAGGUUUUGUUUGUGGAUGCCCUGCCCACUACUCCCUGAACGCUGACAACAGGACCUGUAGUGCUCCUACCACUUUCCUGCUCUUCAGUCAGAAGAGUGCCAUCAACCGCAUGGUGAUUGAUGAACAACAGAGUCCUGACAUCAUUCUUCCUAUCCAUAGCCUUCGGAAUGUCCGGGCCAUUGACUAUGACCCACUGGACAAACAGCUCUACUGGAUUGACUCACGACAAAACAUGAUCCGAAAGGCACAAGAAGAUGGCAGCCAGGGCUUUACUGUGGUGGUGAGCUCAGUUCCAAACCAAAACCUAGAAAUACAACCCUAUGAUCUCAGCAUUGACAUUUACAGCCGCUAUAUCUACUGGACUUGCGAGGCUACCAAUGUCAUUAAUGUGACAAGAUUAGACGGGAGACCAAUUGGGGUGGUCCUGAAAGGCGAUCAAGACCGACCCCGAGCCAUUGUGGUUAAUCCGGAGAAGGGGUAUAUGUACUUUACCAAUCUUCAGGAAAGGUCUCCCAAAAUAGAACGGGCUGCUUUAGAUGGAACAGAACGUGAGGUGCUGUUUUUCAGUGGCUUAAGUAAGCCAAUUGCUUUAGCCCUUGAUAGCAGGUUGGGCAAACUCUUUUGGGCUGAUUCAGAUCUCCGGCGAAUUGAAAGCAGUGAUCUCUCAGGUGCCAACAGGAUAGUAUUAGAAGACUCCAAUAUCUUGCAGCCUGUGGGACUGACUGUGUUUGAAAACUGGCUCUACUGGAUUGAUAAGCAGCAACAAAUGAUUGAAAAAAUUGACAUGACAGGUAGAGAGGGCAGAACUAAAGUCCAGGCUCGGAUUGCCCAGCUUAGUGACAUUCAUGCAGUAAAGGAACUGAAUCUUCAGGAGUACAGACAGCACCCUUGUGCCCAGGAUAAUGGUGGUUGUUCACACAUUUGUCUUGUAAAAGGUGAUGGUACUACAAGGUGUUCUUGUCCCAUGCACCUGGUUCUGCUUCAGGAUGAGCUUUCAUGUGGAGAGCCCCCAACAUGUUCUCCUCAGCAGUUUACUUGUUUCACUGGGGAAAUUGACUGUAUCCCUGUGGCUUGGCGUUGUGAUGGGUUUACGGAAUGUGAAGACCACAGUGAUGAACUCAAUUGUCCUGUGUGCUCAGAGUCUCAGUUCCAGUGUGCCAGUGGGCAGUGCAUUGAUGGUGCCCUCCGAUGCAACGGUGAUGCAAACUGCCAGGAUAAGUCCGAUGAAAAGAACUGUGAAGUGCUUUGUUUAAUUGAUCAGUUCCGCUGUGCCAAUGGCCAGUGCAUUGGAAAGCACAAGAAAUGUGAUCAUAAUGUGGAUUGCAGUGACAAAUCUGAUGAAUUGGAUUGUUAUCCAACUGAAGAGCCAGCACCACAGGCCACCAAUACAGUUGGUUCAGUAAUUGGAGUAAUUGUCACCAUUUUUGUGUCUGGAACCAUAUACUUUAUCUGCCAGAGGAUGUUGUGUCCACGCAUGAAGGGAGAUGGGGAAACUAUGACCAAUGACUAUGUGGUUCAUGGACCAGCAUCUGUCCCCCUGGGUUAUGUGCCACACCCGAGUUCUCUGUCAGGGUCUCUUCCAGGAAUGUCUCGAGGUAAAUCAAUGAUCAGCUCCCUCAGUAUUAUGGGGGGAAGCAGUGGACCACCUUAUGAUCGAGCACAUGUCACGGGCGCAUCAUCAAGCAGUUCUUCAAGCACCAAAGGCACUUACUUCCCUGCAAUUUUGAACCCACCACCAUCCCCUGCCACAGAGCGAUCACAUUACACUAUGGAAUUUGGUUAUUCUUCAAACAGUCCGUCCACUCACAGGUCGUACAGUUACAGGCCAUACAGCUACCGGCACUUUGCUCCCCCUACCACACCCUGCAGCACAGAUGUCUGUGACAGUGACUAUGCUCCUAGCCGGAGAAUGACCUCGGGGGCCACAGCCAAAGGCUACACCAGUGACUUGAACUAUGACUCAGAACCUGUGCCCCCACCACCCACGCCCCGGAGCCAGUACUUGUCAGCAGAGGAGAACUAUGAAAGCUGCCCCCCUUCUCCAUACACAGAGAGGAGCUAUUCCCAUCACCUCUACCCGCCACCACCCUCGCCCUGCACAGACUCCUCCUGAGGAGGGGCCCUCCUCCUCUGACUGCCUCCACCAUGAAGAAUGUAAAUACACAUUUGGUUGAGAUCUGGAGGGGGGGAGGGAACUAUUAGAGAAGGAUGAGGCAGACCAUGUACAGUUAAAAUUAUAAAAUGGGUAGGGAAUACUGGAGAUAUUUGUACAGAAGAAAGGAUAUUUAUAUAUUUUCUUAAAACAGCAGAUUUACUGCUUGUGCCAUAAAAGUUUGUAUAAAAAAUAAAUUUGUACUAAGUUUUAUUUUUGCAAACUGAAUACACAGAGCAUGCCUUAAACCCAGUAAAGUGACUGAGUACAAAGGAAACAGGAAUUAUAAAGGCAUCACUGACCAGGAAUGUCUGGGCUGUAUUGAUACCAAAAAAAUUUUUUUAAA